CCUUGAGCUUCCUUUCGAUCUCCCUACCUUCUAGCAGUCCGCCACGGACCCUCCCCUCUCCUUUCGAAUCAAGCGGCUGGACGUGCCAAUCAUGGACGUGGGCAAGUGGGCGGAGUGGUGGCACGCGUACGUCGCACUCAGCCUUUGCCUUCUCGAGAUGGUGUUUCAUUGGGCCGAGCCGACAGAUAAAGAGGAGGAAGAUGAAGUUCCUAAUGAUGAGAUGAAGUUGCUGAUCGUCCAAGCCUGGAGGAUGGAUACGGAGGGAGAACUGCUGGGGAUACUCUUUGGGAAGGUGCGGGACGGACAUCUCGAGCCAAUUACGAGCAAAGUUCUGGUGUUCCCGUCCCAACUCCUAGACGAUCUGCCUUUGGAGAUCCUUUCACGUUGUGACGAGCGGUCCGCACCAGCGACGCUCCCUCGUACGUUGGCGUCACAGCUACUGUGGUCCACGUGCACAGAACUCGACGGUGACAACAUCUACCUCCCGUCUUCGAGCGACUAUUUGGUCAUCGAUGUAACUGAUAUCACUCUGUGGGAUCCGAUCAUCCGAAGAGCGGAGGUGGGGGCAGAAGAAGAGGUAGACGAAGAAAAGGAGGAGAGGGAAGACCCGAACAAAGAAGAAGAAUCGGAGGCCAGUUCGGACGACCCAGAUUAUCACGAAUCUGAGGAGGACGGGUCGGAAGAGAGUGGGUUGGACGAAUCAGGCAGUUGCGGCGAACGGAGUAAGGAGGAAGACGAAGCGGCGGCUAAGAGGGGACAGGAGAGGGCAGAAUGGAAGCGCCCAGUGCAGGAUUCAGACGUGUGGCUGCUGCAAGACGAUCCGGCGCACAGGCCAGAGCCACCACAAGAAGUGUCCGGAGAAGAUGGUGUCGCCACCAUGGAGGGAUCUGGAAGCAGACGCAGCAGAAGCAGACGUCGCAGAAGAAGUCCAACAUCGGCUCAAUCCCCUCCACCACAGAGGCUCACCAUUCGCCUAUGUGGAGAUGCGGUCACUUAGGCUUCGUCCCCGAUCAUUAUCCCGCCGUCCCCUUGAUU